AUGGAUUUCAAAUAUGAAUAUGAAGUUCAGAAAAAUAAAAGAGAAGCUUGUACACAAUUAAAAGAAGCCAUAAAAGUAGUAAUUCAAAAACAUUACCGAUGCAUACAGUUAUUUGAAACAUUAAAUUCAGUUGUUAGACCUGUCAUGCUUGUAGCAGUUGUCGCCAGUUGUUUAAAUCUUGCCAUAAGUGGAGCUUGGGCUAUAAUUUUGAUGCAAAUCAACAAAGCAGAAGCUUUAAAAAUGUUUUUUGGAUACUGGAUGGCAGCUAUAAGUCUUAUCGUUACGUGUAUACCUAGUCAAUUUUUGAGCAAUGCUAGUGACGAUUUACUCGUUAAAAUUUACUCCAUCAAAUGGCGAAAUUACCCUCCCAAAGUUAGAUCAAUGAUUGUACUGUUAAUGACAAGGGGACAAAAGCCCUUUGAACUCACUGGUGGCCCAACAAUUGUAUUGAAUUUCGAAACAUGCAGCAAAAUAUUGAAAUCAACGCUGUCCAUGAUAGCAACAUUCAGAUCUAUUUAUGAUUGA